AUGCAGCCGCAGCAGAGUAUAACGCCGUGGAGUGAGGAGAGGCUGGCGCAGAUGCAGGUCAGGCUGUCGAGGAAGCUGGGGCCGGAGUAUGUGUCGCAGAGACCGGGACCGGGCGGUGGGCCCAAGCUUAGCUAUAUCGAAGGGUGGAAAGUGAUCAACCUAGCAAACGAAGUGUUCGGCUUCAGUGGCUGGUCAUCAUCCAUAGUAUCGCUCGUCACCGAUUUUAUCGACGUCAACGAGCAGGGCAGAUGCUCGAUCAGCGUUUCUGCUCAAGUUCGGAUAACGCUCAGAGACGGCGCAUUCCACGAAGAUAUAGGUUCAGGACAGGCGGAGAACGUACGAGGGAAGGCGUCUGCUUUGGACAAGGCAAAGAAGGAGGCUGUCACCGACGCUACCAAGCGGGCAUUACGGAGCUUCGGCAAUGUCCUCGGUAAUUGUCUAUACGACAAGUCGUUUACGGCCAAUGUAUCCAAGAUGAAGGUUCCACCUGUAAGCUAA